AUGGGAGUCUUGUGUGCCUGCCAGAAUGUUGUCAUCCAGGAGCCAUAUGUUGACUUCGGAGGAUAUUCCGCUUGUGACUUCACCAUCCGCUAUGCUGAAGAGGAGAGCAAGGGGCGCUACCAACGAGUCAGCAAGGGGCGCUACCAACGAGUCAGCAAGGGGCGCUACCAACGAGUCAGCAAGGGGCGCUACCAACGAGUCAGCAAGGGGCGCUACCAACGAGUCAGCAAGGGGCGCUACCGACGAGUCAGCAAGGGGCGCUACCGACGAGUCAGCAAGGGGCGCUACCAACGAGUCAGCAAGGGGCGCUACCAACGAGUCAGCAAGGGGCGCUACCAACGAGUCAGCAAGGGGCGCUACCAACGAGUCAGCAAGGGGCGCUACCAACGAGUCAGCAAGGGGCGCUACCAACGAGUCAGCAAGGGGCGCUACCGACGAGUCAGCAAGGGGCGCUACCGACGAGUCAGCAAGGGGCGCUACCGACGAGUCAGCAAGGGGCGCUACCGACGAGUCAGCAAGAGGCGCUACCAACGAGUCAGCAAGGGCGCUACCAACGAGUCAGCAAGGGGCGCUACCAACGAGUCAGCAAGGGGCGCUACCAACGAGUCAGCAAGGGGCGCUACCAACGAGUCAGCAAGGGGCGCUACCAACGAGUCAGCAAGGGGCGCUACCAACGAGUCAGCAAGGGGCGCUACCAACGAGUCAGCAAGGGGCGCUACCAACGAGUCAGCAAGGGGCGCUACCAACGAGUCAGCAAGGGGCGCUACCAACGAGUCAGCAAGGGGCGCUACCAACGAGUCAGCAAGGGGCGCUACCAACGAGUCAGCAAGGGGCGCUACCAACGAGUCAGCAAGGGGCGCUACCAACGAGUCAGCAAGGGGCGCUACCAACGAGUCAGCAAGGGGCGCUACCAACGAGUCAGCAAGGGGCGCUACCAACGAGUCAGCAAGGGGCGCUACCAACGAGUCAGCAAGGGGCGCUACCAACGAGUCAGCAAGGGGCGCUACCAACGAGUCAGCAAGGGGCGCUACCAACGAGUCAGCAAGGGGCGCUACCAACGAGUCAGCAAGGGGCGCUACCAACGAGUCAGCAAGGGGCGCUACCAACGAGUCAGCAAGGGGCGCUACCAACGAGUCAGCAAGGGGCGCUACCAACGAGUCAGCAAGGGGCGCUACCAACGAGUCAGCAAGGGGCGCUACCAACGAGUCAGCAAGGGGCGCUACCAACGAAGGGGCGCUACCAACGAGUCAGCAAGGGGCGCUACCAACGAGUCAGCAAGGGGCGCUACCAACGUACUGGCUGAACACGUAUCAAGGCAGGCGAUGUAACAUAUGCCAACAUGCAUCCAGAUAUCUCCCGCAUGGCAAGGAGAAUCCCGUUGAGAUCCCAGACGCAUACGAGGCACUGAGAGGGCCGUGUUUGCCAGUCACAUUCAGCGUGGUUAUCAACAAGAAGGAUUACAAUGUGGACUUCUUGUAUGAAUGUAUUCUCCACCAUCGCAGGAAAUCGGGAAUAGAGGCCCAGCCGGAGAUGUUCGUGGUGGUGUACGAUGCGUGCGCGUGUUACUCCAUUCGCGCCAACCAGCACUUCUCCCUUCCUUUAGACGACGAUGUUCGCGUCUAG